GAGAGAGAGAGGUGAGAUGCCUCUGCAGCACUGAUGCUGGUUGUUUGGUUUGACUUGUAACAGACAGCUGACAGGAUAUUUUCUAAUACUACGUGGAAGAAUCCUGAAUAUAGAGCCGCAGUCUCUCUCUCCUUGUGGCAGCAAACGGCUCAGAGCUGUAUUAAUCUGGCAUACAUUUUGGUUUACAUUUGCAUUUGCAAGCAAGUCACAUUCACAGCCAUGUUCUCACGAUCACUCGCCUCUAGCUUCCUGCGGCAAGCUGCUCGCCCAGCAGCAGCAGCAUCUCGAGCUCCCCUAUCGGCCUUCCGCGCCCCCGUCGCCCCCCUGACGCCCUUCCAGAUCCGUCUCCUGUCCGACACGACGCGGACCGCCAUCGACAAGGCCAUCGCCUCGGCGCCCGUCGUGCUCUUCAUGAAGGGCACGCCCGAGACGCCCCAGUGCGGCUUCUCGCGCGCCGUCAUCCAGAUCCUCGGCAUCCAGGGCGUCAGCCCCGAAAAGUUCGCCGCCUUCAACGUGCUCGAGGACCCGGAGCUGCGGGCGGGCAUCAAGGAGUACUCGGACUGGCCGACGAUCCCGCAGCUGUACGUCGACAAGCAGUUUGUGGGCGGGUGCGAUAUUCUGGUUUCCAUGCACCAGAACGGCGAUUUGCAGAAGCUGUUUGAGGAGCAGAAGGUCUUGGUGGAGGGGGAGGAGGGUGAGAAGAAGGAGUAGAGGAAAAGUCAAAGAAAAGGACGGUCGAUAUACGAAACAAGUGUACGAUAUACGAUGGGUGGCGUUGUAUGAAGAAGGGCUAGCAAAAUACACAUGAUGCAUGACAUACGACACUCUGUAUGUUCCAACUUCAACGAGGGUUGAGGCAAGCUCGCACUCUGGCACUCUGGCCUUGUUAUCCGUGCUUUAUUUUUUGUCUAUAUCAUAUCUGUCUCACAAUGGGUAUGCUGCUCCAUCUGCUCUCAUGUCACUGCCUGCCGACCAGAUGGGAG